UGGAUCAACCCCCAAAUCUGACAAUAGUGAGAUGCUGAAUAUAGCGUCAGACAGCAGUGAAUCAGAAGAUACAAAUGUCUCCAUGCAGCCUGCUAAAAAGAAAUCAAAGUCAACCAAUUCUCCUGUGAAGGAAUCUCUCCUUGAUAAGCUGAAAAAGAUCAAGAGUCCAUCAUUAGAAAAGGCUGCUAGCAGUUCACAGUCCAAGACAGUCAUCUCUAAGAAAAGAUCUGCAGAAGAUGCAAGCAUAGAAAAUGACUCUCCAUCUAAAUCGAAGAAAAAGUCCAAAGUCCAAACAGAAGUCGGUGGUGCUCCUCAGAGUCCGGUAAAAAGUGUUGAAGAAAGACUCGCCCAUUUUAAUGAGAGACUCCAAGAGAAAGGCCUUUCUGCAGCAUCAAAGAAGCGAAUUAGGAGGCAAAUAAAAAAACUCAAGACAAACAGGUAUAGAACCAUAACUAUAUUACUAAGUUAAUGUCA